GGGGGGGUCCCGCGCCGCCUCCCCUUCGCCGGCCCCCGGCGGCAGGACCAGUGCUCGCUCCAUCCAGCCCGGUGACCAGCCUGUUCGGGGCCAUGGCCAUGGCGGGCCGCUCCUCGCCGUGGCUGUUGCUGCUGCUGCUGUGGGCCACCUGGCCCCCAGCUCCGGCCCCAGCCCAGCCCCUGGGCCCCUUUGCCGGGCAGCAGGCCCCCCCAGACCCCUGCUAUGAUGACACGGGGGCCCCCCGCCGCUGCAUCCCCGAGUUUGUGAAUGCGGCCUUCGGGCGGGAGGUGCAGGCGUCCAGCACCUGUGGCCGUCCCGCCAACCGCCUCUGUGACGCAGCUGACCCUCGGAGGGCCCACCCCCCUGCCUACCUGACUGACUUGAACACAGCUGCCAACCUGACCUGCUGGCGCUCGGAAACGCUGACCCGGGCCCCGCUGAAUGUCACACUGACCCUGCCCCUGGGCAAGGCCUUCGAGGUGGUCUACGUGAGCCUGCAGUUCUGCUCGCCGCGCCCCGAGUCGGCUGCUAUCCUCAAGUCCAUGGACCACGGGCACAGCUGGACGCCACUGCAGUACUAUUCCUCCCAGUGCCGGCGGGUCUACGGUCGGCCCAGCCGCACGGUAGUCAGCCGGCAGGACGAGCAGGAGGCUCUGUGCUCGGAUGGCCACACGGACCUGUACCCGCUGACCGGUGGGCUCAUUGCCUUCAGCACGCAGGAUGGCCGGCCCAGCGCCCAGGACCUGGAUGCCAGCCCGGUGCUGCAGGAUUGGGUCACGGCCACGGACAUCCGCGUGGUCUUCACGCGGCCCCACCUGAGCCCACGGGCCGGGGGCGGCGGCGGCGGGGGUGCUGAGACUGGUCCCGCGGGCGAGGAUGGGGCCGUGGUGGCCCCCUACGCCUACGCCGUGGGCGAGUUCCAGGUGGGCGGCCGCUGCAAAUGCAACGGGCAUGCGGCCCGCUGCAUGAGGGACCGCGAGGGCCGGCUGGUGUGCGACUGCAAGCACGGCACUGAGGGUCCUGACUGCGAGCGCUGCAAGCCCUUCCACCACGACCGGCCCUGGCAACGUGCCACAGCCCGGGAGGCCCACGAGUGCCUGGCCUGCUCCUGCAACCUCCACGCCCGCCGCUGCCGCUUCAACAUGGAGCUGUACAAGCUGUCCGGCCGCCGCAGCGGGGGCGUCUGCCUCAACUGCCGCCACAACACCGCCGGACGCCACUGCCACUACUGUCGCGAGGGCUACUAUCGCGACCGAGCCCGCCCCGUCAGCGAUCGCCGGGCCUGCAAGGCCUGCGACUGCCACCCCGUCGGGGCCGCCGGCAAGACCUGCAACCAGACGACCGGGCAGUGUCCGUGCAAGGACGGGGUCACCGGCCUCACCUGCAACCGCUGCGCCAAGGGCUUCCAGCAGAGCCGCUCCCCGGUGGCCCCCUGCAUCAAGAUUCCGGCCACCAGCCCCACGGCCGCAGUGACCAGCACCGAGGAGCCGGCCGACUGUGAGUCCUACUGCAAACCGGCCAAAGGGAACUACAAGAUUAAUCUGAAGAAAUACUGCAAAAAAGACUACGUGGUCCAGGUGAACGUCCUGGCCCUGGAGGCGGCGGGAAACUGGGCCCGGUUCACGGUGUCGGUGCUGACGGUUUACAAGAGCCGGGACGAGCGGGUCCGUCGAGGGGACAGCGGGCUGUGGGUGCCCAUGAAGGACCUGGCCUGCCGCUGCCCGCGCCUCCAGCUGGGACACCGCUACCUGCUGAUGGGCCCGGCCGAGGCGUCCGGGGAGCGGCCGGGGCUGACGGCCGGCAAGAACAGCCUGGCCAUCCCGUGGCGGGACGCCUGGACGCGGCGCCUAAGGAAACUGCAGCGGCGCGAACGCAGGGGCAAGUGUCAGAAGCCUUGA